AUGAACGAUAUACUCAGCGGCGCCGCCAUGGGCGCGGCACUCACCGUGGCUGGUGUAUACGCACCAGACGUGAUCUUGACCCAGUUCAACUUUACCGACUUUACUAUGCUUCAAACCUUUUUGACCGCGGCUGCGGGGAGCUCUCUCAUCGUUACAGCCUCCCAAACUCUCGGCCUCACCUCCCUCCCACCACGCCGCCCAGCCUCGUUAGGCUUCCUCUCGAAAUACGACGGCAAUAUCUUCGGCGGCGCCCUCCUCGGGGCCGGCAUGGCCGUGUCGGGCGCGUGUCCCGGCACGGUGCUGGCGCAACUGGGCGUGGGCGUGACAUCAGGACGGUGGGCGUUGGCGGGCGGGCUGUUGGCGGGCGUCGCUUGGUCUUGGAUUUCGUCGUGGUCCUCCUCCUCGUCGUCGGGGUGUUCUCAAGAAGGGAAUCGGGACCAAAAGGCAGCUGAUGAGAAGGCCGGUGACGGCGAUGGGCUGGGGAAAGGGGGGGAUAAGUCACGCCCGGCAGAGACGGUGCAUGAGGCCUUCGGUGUGAACCGCGCCGUGGCGCUGGUGGGGUUGGAAGCAGUGCUGAUACUGGUGAUCGCUACCGUGGCAAAGUUGACUACGUCAGGCGCGAGUGUGGCACGGGGGAUCACACCAUAUGCUGGCGGCCUGGCGAUUGCCGCGUCUCAGCUGGUCUCGAUACUCCUGAGGCGAUCGCUGAUCGGGACCUCGACGGCGUUUGAGGAACUCGGGGGUUGGGUGUGGGGAGCGAAGAAGUACACGAACGUGCUGUUCUCGGCUGGUGUGGUGAGCGGCGCGUGGGCCAUCUCUCAGGCUGUGCCGGCGCUGCGGCCGGUGACCGAGGCGUCCAUUUCGCCGGUCCGGUCGCUUCUUGGCGGGUUCAUGAUUGUGUUUGGCGCGAGGGUUGCUGGGGGCUGCACCUCUGGGCAUGGGAUUAGUGGGUUGUCGUUGUUGUCUAUCUCGAGCUUCUUGACGGCUGCGGCAAUCUUUGGAGCGGGGGGCAUUACCGGGUUGUUGUUGGAAUAG